AUGGCGGUCCGCGAAGAUAUCGUUGCCUCUGCAGUUACAUUUCUGCAAGACCCGAGCGUCGCUGGGUCACCGAUCGAGAACCGCGUGGCAUUCUUGAAAUCGAAGAACCUUACCCAAGAGGAAAUUGAUACAGCGCUGGCGAGGGCAGGAGGCGAGACGGCGCCUGUGAACUACUCCAACUAUCCUCCUCAGCAGCAGGGAAUGCGACAGCCACAACCUGUAUAUGGAGCAUAUCAACAACCAACCUGGCCUCAAGCGCCACCUGAAGUGCCGAAGAGGGACUGGCGGGACUGGUUCAUAAUGGCCACAGUAACAGGAGGUGUUGGGUACGGACUAUACUUUGUUGCGAAGCGAUACAUAUACCCAAUGAUUGCUCCGCCCACACCACCACAACUGGAGCAAGAUAAACAAGCUAUCGACGACUCUUUUGAGAAGGCAUUCUCGCUCUUGGACCAACUGGCUAAAGACACCGAAAUCCUCAAGUCUUCUGAACAAGCACGUACAGAGCGUCUAGAUGCUGCUAUGAAAGAAGUUGAACAAGUUACCAGCGAGCUGAAGACUGCAAGUAAAAGACGAGAGGAAGAGUCACGGCGCAUGGGUGACGAGGUUCGGCGACUGAAAGAUCUGAUACCCAGGGCAAUAGAUGGGCAAAAGGAAAAUACCGAUGCGAGAUUGAAAGAACUCAACACCGAACUGAAGAGUCUGAAGACUUUGAUGGGACAGCGAAUGAACCCCACAACUUCUUCCCCUGCCAGCUCUUAUGGCCGGGCUUCAGGAAUCGCAGCAUCGAAUGCACUACCAUCGUCACCCGCACUCUCUACUGCUCCCUCGACAGGUGCAAACGGAGGCUCAACGACCGAGUCCACUCCCCCAAAGCCAGCAUCGGUGACUAACGGUACAGAAACCGAAUCUGCAGCCUCUAUCAGCAACCGAAGCGCCAGUCUCUUCAACUCAGGUGCACCAGCAGGCAGAGCCGCCAUUCCAUCCUGGCAAAUGAAGAGUAGCAACUCCGCAACCACCGCGGGCGCAGGCAGCGCAGCGCAAGAAGCCAGUGGAUCCGCAUAG